UGAAAAGCGAAACUUAAGAGCUGCUCUGCCUGCUUUCACCCUUCAUCAGUUUUACACUAUAGACUCAGCUUAGUCGCGUUUAGAGACACUUUCCAAACGUCAUUAGGUUUCCUCAGCCUGAGAGAGAGUGUGUGUAUAUAUAAGGCUGGGCUGUAGUCGUGCUUUAGUUUGUGAAAAGUGGGAAUUUAAAGGUUUACUCAGAUUUAUCAGGUUUAUAGUUCUUCGUUUUUGUUUUAUUUGGGAGUUAGCCUAUUUAAUGUUUCCUCUUUUGCUUUGUUUAGCUUUUGGGGAGAGUGUUUAAGCUUGUAUUUUGCUAGUUUUAAGUUGUUUUAGUCGUUUUUGCUCUUGUGUUCAUAGUUAAACUAGCUAGUUAGCUAUUUAGCUAACUGUUAAAUUAACUAGGCACACCUGACGGCGUUAGUUAGCUAAGCUAAGCUAGCUAACUUACCAAGGAUCUGUUUUACCUUCACAAGACGUCUUAUUCGGUGAACCCGAGCUUCAGAUUUGAGCCUCCACCAUUGGUCAUUGAUUUACUGUAUCAGUCCUUUUUUUUUUUUUUUUAUACUUUGUCGCUACAAGCCAGUGGGCAGUGAAGCUGUGCCCUGAUCCAAUCCUUGCCCUCCACCCCUGCGAUAUGAGCAGAGGUAGAGGAGGGCCUUUCAAAGAGCACCAGCAAUUCUCCCUCCCACCCCAUCAAGGAAAGUCUAGAUUUGGAUCCUUUCCCCAAUCAUUCCAGACUCACCCCAGAGCCCCCCGUGUCCCAAGUCCAAACUCCGGCAUUGCAAGAUUUCCUCCUCCGCCCCUUUACACAUACCCAACCUCUCCUGGAGUCUCUCCCCGUGGCCCUACAUUUCCUCCAGCUUCUUCCACGCCCCCUUCAUAUGGAACUUCCCAAACAGAUUUUCAGACCUCCGCAGCAAAUGGAGUAGGUCGUAAAGACGAAGCAGCAGACUUUCGCCAGCAGCAGGCUCUCUUUCUAAGAGGCCAGAGCAGCCAGGCACCCAAGUUUCAGGCAGAGCCCCCUUACUUUAGUGGAAAUCGCCAGCAGCAAACAACAUAUACCCCUAGCUACGUGCAAAGAGGGGGUUAUAGGCAGAACAGGCCAAAUUGGCAAAGGGGGCCACCAUCUGGGAGCCCUCUUGGUGGCAGGAAACCACCUGGAUGUGACUACUUGCCAUCAUCUGGGCCGUAUCAUCAGUAUAAGAGAGGCCACUGGGACCGUCCAUCAGACCGUGACGUCUCCUCGCUGUCUACGGGCUUUCGAGAUCUGUCACUAGAGGCGGGGCGCUUUGCCUCCUCCAGUAGUAGUUUUGGAAGUAGGAGUUCCAGCUCACUGCCCCCAGUUAGAUGUUCCCUUCAUUUGACUACUGAUAUUCAGAAGCAGGUCCUCAGUUCAUUGGCCUCACUUGGGCCAGGAGAGACUAUCCAGGCCAAGGUCUUGGCCAAAAAGCUUCGCUUGCCUAAAAAGAUUGUGAACCAAGCCUUGUAUGCAUUAUCCAGCUUGCACCAAGCCGUAAAGCAAGGGGACACUCCUCCUCUUUGGAGGCUUCGUAGGGAAGGUGAAGGUGUACCCGCCAAAGAAACCAGACCGAACAGACCAAACACAGGAUACAGGGUCGGCUCUGCAACCUCUCACAAGGUUCCUGAGAGUACAUCUGUAAAUGAAGAGCAAGACGUUGUUGAGGAAGUAAAACCAUAUGAGCAAGACUCACACAGUGAGUCUUCAGCUGCAAUAGAAGCGAGUGGUGAUUCCAGUGAAGAAUCUGAAGACUUUCAACAAGAAAAUUCUUUCGAAACAUUCGCCUCUGACCGGGAUCAAGGGACAUUUCCAGCCGCUACACAAGCAGGAAGUUUUGGCAUUACAAUGGAGGCAAAAGAUAACAAAGAACGGAUCAUGCAGUACCUCUAUUUGGCAGGUAAGGCCAGUGCAUUGUUGAUCGCCAAAAACCUUGGGUUUCGAAAUGCCAAGCAAGUCAAUCCUAUGCUCUAUGCCAUGGAGAAACAGGGGGACCUCAGCAGGAUGUCUGGUGUUACGCCUCCCUCUUGGGAGCUGUCUGCCCACAGGCGCGAGAAGAUGGACCGGCAACGGAAAGCCGCCAGUGCAGUAAAACAAGAGUUUGAGUCUCUGGUUGAAUCGGAAAAGCUUAUGUUGGAGGCUGUAGGAGCUUCUGGCUUAUCGGGAAGGCCGUCUGAAGCCCUCGAGCUCAUGGAUUCGGAAUCAACAGAGAGAACCCCUAUGAGCAAAGAAGCCGUUCUGGGAAAUGGCACCUUUGGGCAGCAGUCGCAUGUUGACAUCAUACCUGGCCUUGAGGCGAUUUCCCCAGAAUCCAGUGACCCCUCAUCACACAGUUUUACAUCCCUCCCACGCACUGGCCAGAGCGCAUCGUACAAACCUGCAGACGAUAGGAAUGGUGGAGGGCAGUCACAGUGGGCGUCCGAUGAAAUCCCAGAGUACCUGAACACGAUCCGGUCGGAGGUGGCCGUGUCGUUGGCCGCACCUCUAUCUCUAGCUCAGAGUUCUGAGGCGAGCAAACUGCAGAAGCUGAGGGAGGCCCGCAGCAAGAAUGCCGUCAGUGGCCUGAUGGAGUACGCCCAGUACCUUGGCCACAAUUGUGAAUUCCUCCUGCUGGACCAGUCAGGACCCUCGCAUGACCCCAGAUUCCGGAUGCAGGUGAUGCUCGACGGCCGCAGGUUCCCGAUAGCAGAAGCUUCAAACAAGAAAGUGGCAAAGAAAGAUGCUGCUGCUUUGACCCUUCGCAUUCUCUCCAGAGAGCUUGAGGGAACGAGUGGUGAGGAAGAGGAGGAGAAUCAGCCUGCCACAGCAGAGACGAGUGAUUUUGCUGACGAUAACUUUGAGUGUUUGGAUGAGCCACCAAAAGCCCUGUCUCGCUCGCUUCCAGGAGGAAAGAAUCCAGUAUCGGUUUUAAUGGAGCACAGUCAGCGCACUGGCAACGCCAUCGAGUUUCUCAAUACGGGACAGGAGGGACCGCCGCAUGACCCGCGGUUCAUGUUCCGAGUAAAGAUCGGGGACAACUUGUUCCCAGAAGCCUCGGCACCGAGCAAGAAGGCAGCGAGGCAACUGGCAGCGGAGGAAGCUGUGAAGGCGCUGAUGGCCGAUGGACAGCUGCAUCUCAACAAGCCCCAGCACACCUUCUGCCCUCUGGGUGAUGGAGAGUCUCCCCCGGCAUUGCCCCCGUGCCCCUCGCUGCCCCCGCUGACGGCGGCAGAGCUGCAGGCAGCCCAUGAGGCUGGAGUCGGCGACCUCAUUAACCACCUGAACAACAACGCUGUGUCUGGCCUGCUGGAGUAUGCACGCUCACGAGGCUUCGCCGCGGAGAUCCGUCUGGUGGGCCAGACUGGACCCCCACAUGAACCCCGGUUUACUUACCAGGCUAAGCUGGGAGGACGCUGGUUCCCUGCUGUUUGCGCCAGCAACAAGAAGCAGGGGAAGCAGGAGGCUGCGGACGCAGCGCUCAGAGUCCUGAUUGGAGAGGCUGAAAAAGCAGCACGCACUGGAGAGCUCACACCUGAGUUACCGGUGUCAGGCAGUACCCUGCACGAUCAGCUCGCCAUGCUGAGUCAUCAACGUUUCAACGCACUGACCGCCCGUAUCCAGCACAGCCUUCUGGGUAGGAAAAUCCUUGCCACAAUCAUCAUGAGGAGAGGAGAUGACAGCCUGGGCACAGUCGUGAGCCUGGGGACAGGAAACCGCUGUGUGAAAGGAGAGGAGCUGAGCCUCAAAGGGGACACGGUUAACGACUGCCACGCCGAAAUCAUCUCCAGAAGAGGCUUCAUCCGGUUUCUGUACAGUGAGUUGAUAAAACACUGGGACGGCCCCGCAGAGGACAGCAUAUUCGAGGUUGCUGAGGACAACAAGCUUAAGAUUAAAUCCGAUACCACCUUCCAUCUGUACAUCAGUACUGCUCCGUGUGGGGACGGCGCACUCUUUGAUAAAUCGUGCAGCGAGUCAGCAGAGGUCACGGGCGCGAGUCACAUGCCGCUUUUUGAGAAUGCUAAACAGGGCAAGCUUCGGACCAAAGUGGAGAAUGGUGAGGGCACUAUUCCGGUGGAGUCUAGUGCCAUUGUGCCCACCUGGGACGGCAUCCAGCAUGGUGAGCGUCUGAGGACCAUGAGCUGCAGCGACAAGAUCCUGCGCUGGAACGUGUUGGGCCUGCAGGGGGCACUGCUCAGCCACUUCCUUCACCCCGUCUACCUGAGCUCCAUCACCUUGGGUUACCUGUACAGUCAUGGUCACCUGACGCGAGCGGUUUGCUGCCGAUUGACCAGAGAUGGAGGAGAGUUCGCCAAAAGCCUGCCUCCAAACUUCACGCUCACACAUCCCGAGGUGGGUCGUGUGAGUGUGUACGACUCCACACGGCACACAGGAAAGACCAAAGAGUCGAGUGUGAACUGGAGCCUCCCCGACAAGCUAAGUGUUGAAGUGCUGGAUGGGACCAAAGGGAAGGUGGACAGUGCAAAGCUCGAAGUUUCCCGCGUCUCCAAGUCCAAUCUCUACCGUCUGUUCCGCGAGGUGUGCCGGCGCUCGGGUCGAGCGGACCUGCUGGCCCUGCCCUCGUACGCCCAUGCCAAGAUGGGGGCCGCCUCCUUCCAGCAGGCUAAGGCACUGUUCUUCCAGGCGCUGGGGCAGCAAGGCUACGGAGCCUGGAUCGGAAAACCGCUGGAGGAGAAGAGCUUUGAGGCUGGAGAGAACGAAAGUGGCUUCGGCACCCUGGACAGCUAGUACUCGGCUCCUCGGGGUUACCACAGGGACGCAGAGAAACGAAUGAACGAGGGAGAGAGGAAGAGAGGGGGAUGAGGGGAAAGCGUGGCCAGCAGCUAGAGUCUUCCUGACACUGGGGUGAGGAGGGGGCGGGGGGAGGUUAGGGGAUGAGCGAUGAGAGAGGACAGCUGAGUUAACUUGGGACACACACACACACACACACAGACAGAGAGAAAGAGAAAGCACGAGGGACGGACAGAGAAGGGAAGGGCAAACAGGGUGAGCCUCAGGGGUGUUGAGCAUCAGCACGUCAUGCAAAGCAGAAAGAAAGUUGCUAUGGAAACUGAGCCGUAAAGUCCCGGCCAGGGUGAUUCGUGAACUUUUUAGGAAGGCAGCUCGCAGACUGGAGUUUUGGAGGGUUCAUCACACACGUGUCAUCUGACCCAAUCAACACCAGACCCUCUGAAAGUGUGAUAUUUUAUGUUUCGCUUUCUAUCAAAGCUUUUCCACUGAGUAGUACAUUAUGGUGCAGCUGCGUAUCCAUGAUCACCUCUGAAACAACCUGAAACCGACUUUAGUACCCAAGCAACUCCGAUAGACUAGACCCAAACACUCAAAUGACUUGAGUAUCCCAAACAAAUCAAGACUUAAAUACCCAAAAAAUACCUGACUUAGCAGACCCGAGUACCUAAAACAAGUCAAGACGUGAAUACCCAAACAACUCAGACGACCCAAAUACCCAAAUGACUCAGCUGAUCCAGAUACCCCUACGACUCAAGGUGCGAAUACCCAAACGACUCACCAGACCCGAAUACCCAAACGACUCAGUCAACCCAAAUAUCUAAAUUGUCUCAAGAUGUGAAUACCCAAACGACUCACCAGACCCGUAAACCCAAACGACUCACCAGACCCGAAUACCCAAACGACUCACCAGACCCGAAUACCCAAACGACUCACCAGACCCGAAUACCCAAACGACUCACCAGACCCGAAUACCCAAACGACUCACCAGACCCGAAUACCCAAACGACUCACCAGACCCGAAUACCCAAACGACUCACCAGACCCGAAUACCCAAACGACUCAGUGGGUAUUCAGAUUUGUUGAUGUGCCACAUCACACUGCCCAGUGGAAAAGCUUCAUACAAUUCUAAGCUUCUCUAUAUUAGACCUAUAGCUUUCUUUUACUCUUUUUUCAAAUGCCUUUCUUUCUUUUAUUCUCUUUUUUUAUCUUUCUUCUCUCCUAUAUCUUCCUUUUUUCAUGUUUUUAUCUUCUCACGCUUUCUUCCCCCCCCCCCCCAUUCCUUGUUUUUUUGUUAAAUCUUUCUCUUUACACUCCUUUUUUUCUAAAUUGUUAUUUUCUUUGAUUUUCUUUCCCUCUCCCCCCGCCACCCCCUCUCUCUCUCUCUCUCUCUCUCUCUCUCUCUCUCAGAAUGCCUGUUUUGGACAAACACAGGUGAAAACAACAAUUUCUGUCGCACUAGGCACAUCUUCUUCUCCUUUUUUUCCUCAUCCUCCUUCAUCUUCUUCUUCUUCUCAUCCUCCUCUUUCUUCUUCUUCUCCUCAUCCUCCUCCUCCUCCUUCUUCUUCUCUUUCUUCUUCUCCCUCUUCUUCUUCUCCUCAUCCUCCUCCUUCUCCUUCUCCUUCUCUCGUUCUGGCCCUGUUGUCCUCCGCCUUUAAGACAAAUCACACAGAGAGCAGCAGCAUUUUAAAACUUCAGGAAAACCUGAUCAGUUUUGCAGAAAGUUCAAUUUGAUCUUUGCCUGUAUAUAUACACACACACACACACACACACACACACACCACACACAGAGAAAGCACGCUUGUUAGCAAGAUUUAAAGAAAUGUAUACAUAAUGUACAUACAGAUACAUACACGCACAGAUGUAUAUAUAAAAUUCUCUGCACAGUGUGGGUUUAUAUAUAUGUGUGUGUGUUUAUGUAUAUGUAUAUAUUGUAUGUAUAUAUUUUAUAGGGGUUCAUAACUUUUAGAGUGGAUUUUAUUUUCUAUCGCUUAUUUUAAGCACCUUUUUCGUGCUGGUGUUUGUUUUUUGUUUAGUUUUUUUUUUUUUUUAGGAAGGAUCCCGCUGCAGGGUACAACAUGCACACACCACUUCUCUCUGUAUUUUUUUUGUUUCUUUUUUUUGUGGGAGGAUGCAUGUUAAAUAUAUCUUUGGAGACUUGACCUUUUUUUUCUAUGCGAGUAUGUAUGUGUGUGUUUUCUGUGUUUUUUCUGUAUUUUUAUUUGUAUUUUUUUCUGUAACAGAGUCUGAAUGAAAGCCUGCUGUUGCUACUGCAUCAAUUCUGCAACAUUCUCUCUCUCCCUCUCUUUUUAAAUCAAACACGUCUCAUGUAGGGAAAAUGAGAAGCUGACAUUAAAGCUUUCUCCUUCGAUCACUUAAUUUUAGCCUUUGGUUUGCUUGUCUGCUGGAAUCUGUUUCAUACCGCUGAAUCCAAACUCAACAAUUCCUUAAUAAAUUGGUUGUGCUCA